UUAGCAGCAGCGGUCCGUUUAAAGUGCUGUUUUAUCAGAGUCCGAAUCAUGGCGGUCCAGGUGUCCGAGUUCGACCAGAUCAAACAGUUUAAGGAGUUUCUGGGGACGUACAACAAGGUGACGGAGAACUGCUUCAUGGACUGCGUCCGAGACUUCACCACAAGAGACGUGAAGCCCGAGGAGUCGAGCUGCUCCGAGUCGUGCCUGCAGAAGUACCUGAAGAUGACUCAGAGGAUCUCCAUGCGUUUCCAGGAGUAUCACAUCCAGCAGAACGAGGCUCUGGCGGCUAAAGCUGGCCUGCUGGGACAGCCGCGCUGACCCUGAACCUGGGCCAGGCCGGGCCGUGCUGGUCCAGCAGAUCCUCCGGCGCUGUAAAAACAGACUCUGAAGCUGCGCGUGAGGACGUUUUGUUGUAGUUUCUGACCUGAAGCUC